AUGGGAGAAUCUAUUGAACAGAGUUCAGAUGACUUUAUCAUUUCGCUGAACAGUGAGUGCCCUAAAGAACUUGGGGAACUCAUAGAAAACUCUAAUGGAGACAACAGAAAGUUUGAUGAUACUGGAUUUACUGUGGCUCUUCAGAAUGGUCUGGAGAACCUGAGGUUAGAGAACUCACUCACAGAUGUUGUUCUAUGUGUCUGCAAUAAAGAGUUUGCAUGUCAUCGUGUGGUUUUGGCCGCAGCUAGCAAUUAUUUUAGGGCUAUGUUCUGCAAUGAGCUGAAAGAAAAAUAUGAAGAGAAAAUUAUUAUUAAAGGAGUGGAUGCAGAAACCAUGGCAGUCAUUUUGGAUUACACAUACACCAGCAAAGUAGUGAUUACUAAAGCAAAUGUGCAGAAAGUCUUAGAAGCAGCCAGUCUUUUUCAGUUCCUGAGGAUGGUAGACGCAUGUUCCAGUUUUCUAACAGAAGCUCUUCAUCCAGAAAAUUGUGUUGGAAUUUUAAGACUUGCUGACACUCAUUCCCUGGACUCCUUAAAACUGCAGGUUCAGAAUUAUAUUAUCCAAAACUUUGCUCAAGUAAUGAACCAUGAGGAUUUUUUGGAAUUACCAUUUGAAAUUCUUUACAAGAUUCUAAAAAAUGAUGAUCUCUAUGUCACGGAAGAAGCACAGGUGUUUGAAACUGUUGUAAACUGGGUACAUUAUAAACAGCAAGAAAGAUUUCCUCUCUUGCCAAAAAUAUUGGAAUGUGUUCGCCUUCCCUUAUUAGAUCCUUGGUAUUUAGUUGGAACAGUAGAAGCCAAUGAACUCAUUAGACAAAGUCCUGAUGUGUUUCCAUUAUUGCAAGAAGCGCGCAUGUAUUAUUUCACAGGAAAUGAGAUAAUAUCGGAAAGGACAAAGCCACGCCUACAUGAAUUCCAGUCUGAGGUUUUCAUGAUAAUUGGUGGCUGCACAAAAGAUGAAAAGUUUGUUACUGAAGUUACCUGUCUUGAUCCUUUAAGAAGAAGCCGCUUAGAAGUUGCAAAACUGCCUGUUUCAGAACAAGAAAAUGAAAGUGAAAACAAAAAAUGGGUGGAAUUUGCCUGCACAACCUUUAAAAAUGAGGUAUACAUAUCAGGAGGGAAAGAAACACAGCAAGAUGUUUGGAAAUAUAACUCUGCUAUCAAUAAGUGGAUACAAAUUGAAUUUUUGAAUGUGGGAAGAUGGAGGCACAAGAUGGCUGCCCUCUGUGGAAAAGUAUAUGCAAUAGGGGGGUUUGAUGGCAACCAAAGAAUUUAUAGUGUGGAAGCUUAUGACCCUUUUCACAACUGCUGGACAGAGAUGGCCCCUUUAGUGGUCAGUGUAAGUUCAUUUGCUGCUGCAACCUUCCAGAAGAAGCUGUAUGUGAUUGGUGGAGGACCGAAUGGGAAAUUAGCUACAGAUAAAACCCAAUGUUAUGACCCAUUAACCAAUAAGUGGAGUUUUAAAUCCCCUAUGCCAGUAGAAGCUAAAUGUAUUAAUGCUGUGAGCUUUCAUGACUGCAUCUAUGUUGUGGGUGGUGCAAUGAAAGCCUUAUAUUCUUACAGCCCUCUUGAAGAUGUCUGGUGCUUGGUUACAAAGUUUAGCCAUGAAAGAGCCAGCUGCGGAAUAGCGGCCUGUUGUAAUAAAAUAUUCAUUACAGGAGGUCGGGAUGAGAAGAAUGAAGUCAUUGCCACAGUUUUGUGCUGGAAUAAUGAAACAAAAAAACUUACAGAGGAGUGUGUCCUCCCAAGAGGGGUUUCUCAUCACAGCAGUGUAACAAUAAGAAAAUCAUAUACCCACAUAAGGAGGAUAAUACCAGGAGCCGUCUCUGUCUGAGCACAUUGAGAAAUACCAGUUGUGCUUUACCAAAUCUUUAUAAACUACAACAAAAGAGACUAUCACUAAUUACAGGUUAGAUAAAUGUCAAUCAAGGAAACACAGAGCCUGAGUUUGCUAAACAUUUAUAGAAUGUUUUACAUAUUCUUAGCACUUUGCUCUUCUCUAAUGCUACCUUACAUUGUAAUUGAUAAUCAGCCUAAUGACUUUUUCAGAUUAGUAUAUUUUAAUAACUUCCAAUAUGUAAAACAAAGAGACUGUUCAAUGAAUCUGCCAUUGUGUCUGUACACAAAUCAUUUUUUCACAAUUGCUUCAGCAAAGAAUGACCUGUUUGUCCUGCAGUUUUUUUUAUAUCUUACACAAGUGUAUUGCAAGGAUUCAACUAGAUCUGGGGCUACACAGGCUACAGCCCAACACAAAACCAAGUGGUUCUAACUAGAUUUUACCAGCAUUGCCUAUAGACUGCUAUUUAUGUUACUUGCCUACAACCAUAUACACAGUUCUCAUUAUUUCAUGUACAGACAAGAGUUACUCAGUCUACAGUGACAGACAUGAGUAGAGUAAAGGAUCCGCGGCUGCCCAAAAGCUGCAUAUGGAAUUAAUAGAAGACUAGACUGACUUUGCACCAGUAAAUAGGUUAAUAGUACUUGGGGCCGAACUGGAAAUACUCAGCACCUAAUAUCCCCAACAUCAAUGCUCCUAUUCUUACCUCUUGCAGUUUGUGUGAUCCUUUGACAUGUCUUUAACUUUUUAUUCUCACUAUACCUUCUUCCUAUGGUGCUGUAAAGACAGGUACUGAGACAAUCUACCUUUUAAUCAAAUCCUCUUAGUAUUGCUCACCCAUAACAGGUGUCUGAUGUGUCCUCAUUGUUUAAAACUCUCUCUCCUUCAACUUAAAGGGACAUUAAACACUUUGAGAUGGUAAUAUAAAAUGAUAAAUCGUAUAAUUAUAUAUAUAAAAAAACUCUACAAUAUACUUUGAUUAUUUAUUUUGCCCCCUUUUUCCAUAAUUCCAUUCUGAAAUUGUGAGUAUUUCAGUUCCUGUUAGAAAUGAAAGUGCGGAACACUGUUAUAUUCCACACAGCCAUUGGCUGCUGCUGCAGACUCUAAUGGCCUAUUUAUAACUGUCUCUAAUUGGCCACAGCAGAGAAAGUAACCUAAGUUACAACAUGGCAGCUCCCAUUGUUUUAUAGAUAUUAAAACUUUUACACUUAUUUUGUCACUAUUUAAACAAUUAAUGAAACUUUAAAAAAUACAUGUAAAUGUUAUUCUCAGACAUUUUCUUUGAAUUCUAUGUUGUGUUUAUUUAGACCUAGAUUUGGAGUUUGGCGGUAGCCGUGAAAACCAGCGUUAGAGGCUCCUAAGGUAUUUGGAGUCACUCAAAAUAGGGUCUAACGCUCACUUUUCAGCCGCGACUUUUCCAUACCGCAGAUCCCCUUACAUAAAUUGCGUAUCCUAUCUUUUCAAUGGGAUUUUUAUAACUCCGGUAUUUAGAGUCGUUUCUGAAGUGAGCGUUAGACAUCUAACGACAAAACACCAGCCGCAGGAAAAAAGUCAGUAGUUAAGAGCUUUCUGGGCUAACGCCGGUUUCUAAAGCUCUUAACUACUGUACUCUAAAGUACACUAACACUCAUAAACUACCUAUGUACCCCUAAACCGAGGUCCCCCCACAUCGCCGACACUCGAAUACAUUUUUUUAACCCCUAAUCUGCCGACCGCCACCUACGUUAUCCUUAUGUACCCCUAAUCUGCUCCCCCUAACACCGCCGACCCCUGUAUUAUAUUUAUUAACCCCUAAUCUGCCCCCCACAACGUCGCCUCCACCUGCCUACACUUAUUAACCCCUAAUCUGUCGAGCGGACCUGAGCGCUACUAUAAUAAAGUUAUUAACCCCUUAUCCGCAUCACUAACCCUAUAAUAAAUAGUAUUAACCCCUAAUCUGCCCUCCCUAAC